AAUUUAGGUUAACCGUUUGCAAUGGCCGAUGUAAACAAAAACACAAAUUUCUAUGAAAAUGGGUCUACAGACGAUAAAAUAGGAUACGCGUCUAUUGAAGGCAUUAGCAACCACCCCACUCUGCAUGCUGGACUUCAUCGAACGCUUGCUAGCGAAUAUCAAGCACCUGUCUAUUUAGGAGAAACUGUCUCGUAUGAUGUUGUUCUGAAAAGAUUCAAUCACACUAACGCAGAUGAAUGGAAACGCCUGAUUUCGCGCGUUGCUAAUCAAGCUAUUGUCGUUCCAGCAGAACCUCAACCUGUGCCAGCCCAACUUCACAAAUGUGACAAAAUAAACGAAAAUGUUAGCAGAACAGAUGACACCCAGAAGAUCACAAUUAAAACAGAAGAAAGCAGUAAUGAUGGAAUCAUCUGUCCAGUGUUGGCUACUUACUCUGGAAUCUCUAGCUCAUUGAAUCAAAGCCAAGAUGGCUCAUUCAAGCCUUACUUCCGAGAUGAUGACACUUAUGUCAUACCCAUGUCAUCGUGUCUACAGGAUGUUUCUGGUGAAUGUCAUUUUGUAGAGUUGCGAGUCACACUAUGGUUGUACACUGUCACCAGUUGUGACAGGACAGUUGAUGUUGAGACAAAUAAAAAAAUAUCGGACUCAAAAGAUGUAGAAAAUGAUUCAACUGAACGUUUUCCACCAGUAAAAAGAAAAAUUCCAGUGAAUAUAAAAGAAUUCUUUGACUUUGGGGAUGAAAGGGACAGUACUGAGAGUGAAGCCAGUCCUGUCAAAGUCUUGAGUAGCUUGAGAUCCAUGCAGGAAAAAACAGUUGCUGUAAGACUUAAAGUUCAAGGUCCUCCUGAAUUAAAAAUGAAGCAUUCUUCAGCUGGACCUAAACAGCUUCUUCUGUUAAAAGUUAGCAAUAACACUGAUAAACAGAUGGUCAUUAAAAGCAUUCAGAUAUUGUCCAGUUCCAGUCCAGUCAGAGAUAGUGGAAUGUCCAGCUUUGAAGACCGGCCAUCUGUGAAAUGGGAAAGCUGUCAUCAGCUGAUUAAUUUAGAAGUACCUAAGAAAAGUCAAACAUUUCCUGUGAUCCUGAGCCCAUGGGAAGACCUGAAUCUCAUUUAUAAAUUAAAUCUUUCAUCUGUACCUUCAGAUUCUGAGCUUUCACUCAGAGCUAAUGUGAAGUGGACCCAUGCUGGAGCCACUCAUGAAAUAACCACAUUGUACAAGCUGCCAAGAAUCAGGAUCCGCUGUCCACCUUUUAUUGUUACUGUCAAAUGUGAUGAGGAAGUGGUCUUGGGAAAAACGUUUUUUGUGACUUACUCCAUUAGUAACCAACUUCAUGAUUUCAUGAGUAUGAAACUAUAUUACAAUCUGGACAAUAUGAUCAAAGCUGUGUCUGAAAAUGGAACAAAUGAGGAAAUGCACCGUGUUCAGCUAUUGAAAGAUUCUAUUGUUUGCCAUGACCCAGAUAUUGCUAUUAGUGCCUGCCCCAGAGGCUCCUGUGUCCCUAUAAGAGUCGGGUUCCAGAUACACAAGCCUGGCUUGUAUGAGUUGAGUGAGCUGAUGAAAGUCAAUCUCCGUUAUUCUCUUCCUGACCCACUUCUGACACCUAUCCAAGAUGACAGAGAAAGCUGCUCAACAUCUAGUGAUACCUCUGUCUCCAUACAAUCUACUGAUGAUCACCUGCUAGCCUCAGAAGAGCUGUGGAGAGGACGAAGUGGCAGCACAGCUUCCCUGGCCACUCCAGUUAUGUAUCUUACUGCCGAAGAGCGGCGACGAAGUUUUGCAGCAAAGUCCUACUCUUUUGGUGAUCUUGGGCCAACAAUAUCAGCAGAAUCAGAUGAAGCUGGAAAUUUAAGAACCAAAGUCAUUCAGCGCUCUUCUGCCGUUCCUCCACCUCGACCACCACCACCACGCAUGUUAAGUCAGACAGAAAGAGAUUUGAUCAAACCAAGUAACUUCCUGAAGCAGCCAUUUUACAUUUAUGUUAAAGAUCCUCUGAUGUAACCAGGGACACACUUCAUUGUCAGACCUGUCACCACAUCUCAUUUGUAUUAACCCUUGUAUUAUCCCUAAUGAAGCAAGCACUAACUUAUGGUACAAUAAGUGAUGAUAUCUUUUAAUUACAGCUACACAGCUGACUAUGUUGCAAUUACUGUGUUCACUAUGUCAGAGUUAGCUUUGCUGGGGUGCUGGGAGAUAUUGCUCUAUUCACUUUAUCAACUACAAAAGGAUGAUGCUCCUACUUCCCAUGAUUUUGUUACAGGAACUGAAAAAAAAACUUGUAAACGUAAUGAUACACAAAAAGUGCUAACCUUAAUUUUUUUAAUCCUUCAUGGAGGAUGUAGACAUGCUAUUAAAAAAAUCAUAAAUAUAUAGUUAUCUAGGUCUGUGGUUUCAUUGAGGAUUUAUAAAUAGAUAGAUAGAUCUGAUAUCAUAUGGUUACUAUAAUCUAAAUUUUUAGGAUGUGUGUUUGUAGUUUACACUAUCUUAACUUUAUUGACUAGAGAAUUGAUUACAUGCAA